CUUUUGCAAUUUCCCUAAUCGUAGUCGCAGGGAAAAAUGCCGUCAAAAGGAAAGAAACGGGCUAGGUCGAAGGGUAAAACAGCUCCGGUGCCGCCCACUGUUGAUGAAACUAACGAAGGUUCAUUGAAUAGUCCAAUCGAUUUGGAGCUGUCAGAAGACGAGAAGUCUGUAGAGAAUCAAAUGGCGGAGGAAGAAUCGAGCUCUCCGGUGGCUGCUCGCUCUGCAAAGAAAGCAAAGAAAGCAAAGAAAGCUCCUUCAAAUGUUGAGAGCCGCUUAUACGGAAAACCAGUUCCAGAGGCGGAAGCUCGGGAACGUUGGUCUCACAGAUACAAAGACGUAAAAAAUGACGACAAUAUAGAGGAGGUUUUGCAUGUUCGGUGUCAUUACAAGCAAGCAGAAGUAGAUGGAUGCAUCUACAAUCUUAACGAUGAUGCCUAUGUGAAAGGCGAAGAAGGAGGCUCGGAUUUCAUUGGUAGAAUUAUUGAAUUGUUUGAAACUGAAGAUAGAAAGCCAUAUUUUACUGCACAAUGGUUUUUCAAAGCUGAAGACACUGUCAUCAAUGAUCAUGCUGGUCUAAUUGACGAGAAGCGGGUAUUCUACUCUGAAAUGAGGGAUGACAACCCGCUGGACUGUAUUGUUUCUAAACUAAAAAUUGUACAAGUUGCACCAGAUAAAUCUUUUGGAGAAAUGGAGAGAACUAUUCCACCCUGUGACUUUUACUAUGAUACGUCAUACUCCUUGCCUUACUCAACAAUUGCGAAUCUAUCCACAGAAAAUUCAAGAGAUAGUACUGAAUCAACAAUUUCUAGUGAGACCAGUUUGGAUGGUACAGCAGGUGAAAGCAAGUCUGAUGCUGAUUGCACUUUACUAGAUUUAUAUUCUGGUUGUGGUGCUAUGUCGACUGGUUUAUGCCUUGGUGCUAACUUGGCAGGCAUAAACCUUGUUACUAAAUGGGCUGUUGAUCUUAAUAAAUUUGCUUGUGAAAGCCUGAAGUUGAACCACCCAGAAACUGAGGUGAGGAAUGAAUCAGCCGAAGACUUUCUACAAUUGCUCAAGGAAUGGGAAAAGCUAUGCAAGAAAUUCUCUUUGUGUGGAAAAGAAAAAAUGCUAAUCAUUGAUGAAGCAGAUGAUGAAGACGAAGAUGGAUCUAUGGUUCCCAAAGGAGAAUUUGAAGUGGGAAAGUUGCUAGCCAUUUGCUUUGGUGACCCAAAUGAGUGCAAGCAAAAAGGACUUUAUUUCAAGGUUCGUUGGAAGGGCUAUGGGCCAAGUGAGGACACAUGGGAGGGUAUUGAAGGACUUACCAAAUGCCAAGAAAGUAUUAAAAACUUUGUGACCAAGGGUUUCAAGUCUAACAUCUUGCCGCUUCCUGGUGAUGUCAAUGUCAUAUGUGGAGGACCUCCAUGCCAAGGCAUUAGUGGGUUUAAUCGUUUUAGAAACAAAGAUGCCCCUUUAAAAGACACCAAAAACCAUCAAUUGGUUGUGUUCAUGGACAUUGUGAAAUUUUUGAAGCCCAAGUUCGUUUUAAUGGAAAAUGUAGUUGAUAUUUUGAAGUUUGCUGGCGGUUUUCUUGGGAAAUAUGCUGUUGGCCGUCUUGUUGCAAUGAAUUAUCAAGCAAGACUGGGAAUGAUGGCAGCUGGCUGUUAUGGCCUUCCUCAGUUCCGCAUGCGUGUAUUCCUAUGGGGUGCUCGUCCUACGGAGAAGCUGCCUCAAUAUCCAUUGCCAACCCAUGAAGUUGUUGUUAGGGGAAAUGUCCCAACCAAUUUUGAGCAAAAUACUGUUGCAUAUGAUGAGCAAAACCGGAGCAAACUGGAAAAUGCACUGCAUCUAGGGGAUGCUAUUUCUGACCUUCCUGCAGUAACUAAUGAUGAAAGUCGAGAUGAAAUGCCAUAUGGGAAGGCCCCUAAAACAGAUUUCCAGCGCCAUAUAAGAUUAAGUCGAACUGAGUUGAUGGGUAUUUCUAGUACUGGCCAAAAGUCAUCAAGCAAGUCAUUGCUAUUUGAUCAUCGCCCUUUGAAAUUGAAUAAGGAUGACUAUCAACGUGUUUGCCGUAUUCCAAAGAAAAAGGGUGCAAACUUCAGGGAUCUUCCUGGUGUGUUGGUUCGUCCAGAUAACAAAGUAGAGUGGGAUACAUCUGUUGAAAGGGUGUACCUACCUUCAGGGAAGCCUUUGGUACCUGAUUAUGCAAUGACUUUUGUCAGAGGCUCGUCAUCUAAGCCAUUUGGUCGAUUGUGGUGGGAUGAAAUUGUGGCAACAGUUGUGACAAGGGCAGAGCCACAUAAUCAGGUACUGUUGCACCCAGAGCAGGAUAGAGUGCUAUCAGUCCGUGAAAAUGCACGACUGCAAGGGUUCCCAGAUUUCUACAAGCUUUGUGGACCUAUCAAAGAAAGAUAUAUUCAAGUAGGGAAUGCUGUUGCUGUUCCAGUCGCCAGGGCACUAGGGUAUGCAUUGGGUUUGGCAUUACAAAGGAACACAGAUGAGCAGCCCUUACUGAUCCUACCUCCAAAUUUUCCUAACUACAUUGAACGCGUAUCAUCAUCAAUUGAAAUUGAGGAUGCUCAUUGUUCUAGCAAGGAUGAAUAAUU